UGUGUGUGUGUGUGUGUGUGUGUAGGUAGGUAGGUAGGUUGAUGUCACUCAAUCCUGGGUUGAGAUAGGGUCUUUAACUGUUCUGAGCUUGCCUGGUGGGCUGCCUGUCUACUUUCUACUUGGCCCAGGGACCGUCCUGUCUCUGCCUCCCCAUUGUUGUCACGUUGUGACCACACCCAGCUUUUUACAUGGGACUUGGAAAUGGUACUUAUUUCAAUUAGGGUUUCUAUUGUUGAAAAGAGACACUAUGACCAUGGCAACUCUUAUAAAGGAAAACAUUUCACUGGGGGCAAUUGGGGCUGGUUUACAGAUUCAGAGGUUUAGUCCAUUUUCGUCUUGGCGGGAAGUAUGGUGGGCAGCACACAGGCAGACAUGUUGCUGAGGGAGGAGCCAAGAGUUCCACAUCUGGAUCAGGAGGCAGCAGGAAGAGAGACACUGGGCCUGACUUUAGAGUUUUAAAAACUCUAAAGCCCAUUUCCAGUAACACACUUCCUCCAACAAGGCCCCACCUACUCCAACAAGGCCAUUCGUUCUAAUCCUUUCAAAUAAUGUCACUCCCUAUGAGCCUCUGGGGGCCAUUCUCCUUUAAACCACUACAGAACCUAAUUCCUCACACCUGUGUGGCAAGUACCUUAAUGACUUGGCCAUCUCCCCAGCCCUAAGUGAGUGUCCCAACCUUUUGACACUACCCUAUCAUCAUAAUGUCAUCUACAAAUGUUUUAGACCAGUCACAGCUCCUGGGAUGGGUGUGGCCUGGCAGCUCAGCAGGUAAGCAGAUACACAGGAAGGUGACAGCGGGACAACAGUGCUGCCGCCCUGAUAGUAAGAAGGCUCAGCCGGUAGAGGUGUUUACUUCAAACGCCUGACUACACUUGCGUUCUCAGGAACCCAGGCUAUACAGGCGCCAUGACGCAGCAGCCCCAGGAGGACUUCGACAGGAGUGUGGAGGAUGCCCAGGCAUGGAUGAAGGCAGUACAGGAGCAGCUUCAGGUCAAUGACAACACGAAGGGGCCCCGAGCAGCCCUGGAGGCGAGGCUGCGAGAGACAGAGAAAAUCUGUCAGCUGGAGCCUGAGGGAUGCAUAAAGGUGGAACUGGUCCUGCGGGCAGCUGAGGCCCUCUUGGCAACUUGCCAGGAGGGCCAGAAACCUGAGAUCCUGGCCCGGCUGAGGGAUAUCAAGUCUCAGUGGGAGGAGACGGUCACCUACAUGACUCACUGCCACAGUCGCAUCGAGUGGGUGUGGCUGCACUGGAGCGAGUACCUGCUGGCCCAGGACGAGUUUUACCGAUGGUUCCAGAAGAUGGUGGUCACGCUGGAGCCCCCCGUGGAGCUGCAGCUGGGCCUGAAGGAGAAGCAGUGGCAGCUGAGCCACGCCCAGGUGCUGCUGCACAAUGUGGACAAUCAGGCUGUGCUCCUGGACAGGCUGCUGGAGGAGGCGGGCUCCCUGUUCAGCAGGAUCGGGGACCCCAGCGUGGAUGAAGAGGCCCAGAAGAGGAUGAAGGCAGAGUACGAUGCCGUGAAGGCCAGAGCUCAGCACAGGGUGGAGCUCCUGGCCCAGGUGGCCCAGGACCAUGAGCAGUACCGGGAGGACGUGAGCGAGUUCCAGCUGUGGCUGAAGGCGUUGGUGGAGAAGGUGCACGGCUGCCUGGGGCGGAACUGCAAACUGGCCACCGAGCCUCGCCUCUCUGUGCUGCAGGACAUCGCCAAGGAUUUCCCUAGGGGUGAGGAGUCUUUGAACAGAUUGGAGGAGCAGGCUGUGGGUGUCAUUCGGAACACCUCUCCUUUGGGUGCAGAGAGGAUCUCAGGGGAGCUGGAGGAGAUGCGGAUGGUCCUGGAGAAGCUGAGAGUCCUCUGGAAAGAGGAGGAAGGAAGGCUGCAGGGCCUGCUCCAGUCCAAGGGGGCCUGUGAGCAGCAGAUCCAGCAGCUGGAGGUGGAACUGGGAGAGCUCAAGAAAGUUCUUCAGAGGCUGGCCCAGCAAGGCUUGGAGCCCACAGUGAAGACGGCCACAGAGGAUGAGCUAGUGGCCCACUGGAGGCUGUUCUCGGGGACUCGGGCUGCACUGGCUUCAGAGGAACCCCGUGUAGACCGGUUACAAACUCAACUAAAGGAACUUGUCAUCUUCCCGGACCUGCAGUCACUCUCUGAUAGCGUGGUGGCUGCCAUUCAGGAAUACCAAAGUAUGAAGGGUAAGAAUGCCAGGCUCCACAAUGCGACCAGGACGGAGCUAUGGCAGCGUUCCCAGCGGUCCCUCAAUGACCUGCAGCUAUGGAAGGCGCUGGCCCAGAGGCUCCUGGACAUCACCACCAGCCUGCCGGACCUGGCCUCCAUUCACACUUUUCUACCCCAGAUUGAGGCAGCCCUAACAGAAAGCUCCCGCCUGAAAGAGCAGCUGUCAAUGCUGCAGCUGAAGACAGACCUGCUGGGCAGCAUCUUUGGCCAGGAGAGAGCAGCCACCCUCCUGGAGCAGGUGACAGGCUCUGUGAGGGACAGAGACCUACUGCAUAACAGCCUUCUUCAGCGGAAGAGCAAACUUCAGAGCCUGCUUGUUCAGCACAAGGACUUUGGGGUAGCUUUUGAUCCUCUGCACAGGAAGCUCCUAGACCUCCAAGCCAGGAUCCAAGCAGAGAAAGGGCUUCAGCGGGACCUUCCUGGAAAGCAGGUCCAGCUCCUAAGGUUGCAGGGGCUGCAGGAGGAGGGGCUGGAUCUGGGGACACAGAUCGAGGCUGUGAGAUCUCUUGCCCAGGGGAACUCUAAGUACCAGCACAAGGUAGACCAGAUCUCCUCUGACCAGCAAGCCCUGCAGAGGUCCCUGGAGUUUUGGAGCCAGGCCCACAGAGUGGUGCAGCUCACAUUGCGGUGGAGUUUCUCACCUCAACUAACAAACCUAGGCAACCCUUCAGAGACACGGCCAGAGGACCUUGUGGACAGGUGCCAGCAGAAUGUACGGGAACACUGUACCUUCAGUCACAGGCUGUUGGAGCUCCAGCUGUGGAUCACCAUGGCCACACAGACGUUGGAGUCACACCAAGGGGAUAUGCGUCUGUGGGAUGCAGAGUCCCAAGAGGCUGGACUCGAGAGGCUGCUGUCUGAAAUCCCAGAGAAAGAGGUCCAGCUCUCCCUGCUCCAAGCACUGGGCCAGCUUGUGAUGAAGAAGUCUUCUCCAGAAGGGGCAGCCGUGGUCCAGGAGGAGCUGAGGAAGCUGAUGGAGUCUUGGCAGGCCUUGCGACUGCUAGAGGAGAGCAUGCUGAGUCUCAUGAGGAACGAGCAGCUGCAGAGGACGGAGGUGGACACGGGGAAGAAGCAGGUUUUCACCAACAACAUCCCAAAGGCUGGCUUUCUCAUCAACCCUCAGGAUCCCAUUCCCAGGAGACGGCAUGGGGUGAACCCACCAGAAGAACACGACCUCCAUGAAGAUCAUCCCCAGCUCCUGAGGGAAUUUGAACAGUGGCUACAGGCAGAAAACUCCAAGCUACUUAGAAUCACCACAAUGAGAACAGCCACAGCCAAGGACUUGAGGACCAGAGAGCUUAAGCUGCAGGAGCUGGAGGCUCGGAUCCCAGAAGGACAGAUCCUCUUUGAGAACCUGCUUCGUCACAGACCAGCAAGGGACCCCUCCAAUGAGCUGGAAGAUCUGCGAUACCGGUGGAUGCUCUACAAGUCCAAGCUCAAGGGCUCCGGCGACCUGCUGACGGAGAGUUCUCCAGGGGAGCUGACUGCAUUCCAGAAGAGUCGGCAGCAGAAGCGGUGGCGGAGUCCCUGCUCUCUCCUACAGAAAGCAUGCCGCGUGGCACUGCCGUUGCAGCUUCUGCUCCUGCUCUUUCUGCUGCUGCUGUUCCUGUUGCCAGCGGGCGAGGAGGAGCGCAGCUGCGCCCUGGCCAACAACUUCGCUCGCUCUUUUGCGCUCAUGCUGCGGUACAACGGCCCUCCGCCCACCUAGCCCACCGGCGGGCGCACAGGUGACCUUCUGCAGUCCCUCUGAACCUGGCUGCUGGGGGCACGAUAGCCAUUCAGACACCCAGAGCAGCCUUAGACCAAAUGUUGUAUCUGUUCCCAGAACAAACUUGCCUUUUCUACGAUGCUGCUUCUGUCUAUUUAUACUAAAUGUGCACUGUGUGUGGUUAGGGAAUAUGUACAGAAUUUUUAUAUGCCAUGUAACUUCAGCUGCAAUGUCUCUUUGUGCCUAGGGAAGCCCCUGGCAGUGUGUUUCUCUAGUAGGAUUUGUGGCACUUGUGCCAUAGCGUCCUGUCAUCCCUGGGGGACAGGAAAAAUCACAGGUUACAUCGAUGACAUCUGACCCCCAGAAAUCCAGAUGUUGCUGAAGAGCCUCUGACUGCUUGCCAUAGCUGAACGGAAUUAGAGUCCUGGGACGUAUGUAUGUGGCUGUUUUUAAAGACAUACUGCUAAAUAGAGAAGCCAUGAUGGCCGUACUCUGGCUCAGCCAGAGCAGUGACACGUGUCAGAGGGAUACUGAGAGAGCAACAGAAGAACUGUAAAGAUGGGACCCAACUGAGCUCCACAAAAUGAUGGUGCCUAGUGCCCAACCCCGGCACAGCAGCCACUGACAACACAGACCAUCGAGGAAUGCCUGUGACCAUGACCAGGACCCCAUGUCUUCAGGAAGCAGCGGGUUCGAUUUGUGUGUUUUCUCCAGGAGAAAGAAAAAGAUGAACUUGAUUUUUUAUUCUGAUGCACAAGGGUGAAGCACUUUGCAGUGGCCUGUGACAUCGUAGCUGUGAGCUGUCUACAGCCUAGGGCACGAGCCCAGAGCAGAGUAGAAAUAGUUCCCCACCAAGCCAGGCAUCAUCCACCCAAAGCAGAGAGGAGAGACUCAGGCCACCGAAGGGGACUCUCUUCCCUUCCAAGAAGGAACCUCGCAGGCUGGUGGAUCUACAAGGCUGGGCAGGUCCCACCUUCCUCGAUGGGCCCAGGACUCACAGUCUGACUCCAGGCAGGAACGGGCAUGGGGAGCCCCAGGCACGGGUGGAAGAUUUCCAGUUAUGCCCAAGGCUGGAAACAUAACUAGGGAAUUCUGGGAUGAUUCCUAAGUGCUUUAAAACUGGAUCAGGUUCACCCUGAACUGACACUUUUUUUUUAAACCUCUAGAAAAAUACUUAACACUCCCUUUUUACAGACAGAAUAUAUUGGGUCUUGGGGUGUGUAUGUAUGUAUGUAUAUGUGUGUGGGGGUGUGUGUGUGUGUAUGUGUGUAUUCUCAAGCCUCAUUAUCAUCAUCAUCAUCAUCAUCAUCAUCAUCAUCAUCACUAUCAGUGUUACAGAGUAGCACUUUAAACACAGCAAAUACUGAGGCCCUAAGAGGGACUGAACUCUCAGGUCACCACACUUAUACUGGCAUCAGGCCCUACCAUGUGCAGCUUUCGUCUUAGCAUGGUGCCCAGUAAAGGCUGGAUAUCAGCCAACAGGAAAGCAGCAUCUUGGGUGACCCUGACUUGGUCUGUAACCCCAGUCACAAGGCCCUCCCUGCACUUGGCCAGUUUGCUGGGAGAUCAGAGGCUGGUGACCUCAGUCAGACCCAGAUAGCCGAGCCCUGACCUCAGACCCAGGUAGCUGAGUCCCGAUGUUCACCAAGAUGUUCAUUGGUCCACCACUUGGUCAGAACUGUGGCAAGGGCCAUCGAUACUUCCAUAUUCACUUUCCUAUUCCAAAAGUAAGAAACCUGAGGCCCAGAGAGGGGAAGCUACUCACCCAUAGUUCCACAGCAAGAACCUAUAAAGCCGGAAAUGGACUGGUUCCCAGUCUGGAGGUGAUACUGGGUUCGUUACAGCAAACCUCCCCACACUGCUCAACUGCUCAGUGAUGGAGCACUUGCCUAGAAGGUGAGUCCUGAGCUCCACAUGUAUCUUGGAGAGAGAGAGAGACAGAGAGACAGACAGAGAGACAGAGAGAAAGACAGAGAGAGAGAGAGGAGCUGUUUGCUAUGAAUGUGGGCGUGUCUCCUGGUAAAUGCUGGGGAGGGUCAAACUGCAUACAUGGGUGGGGGUGGGGCAGGUGGGAAGGUGCCUGUGUUUUUAACUAUUGACAAUGACACUGUGGAUUGCUUGCUUGUUGUGUAACUUUUUUUUAACAGAGGGGACUGAUAUUUUUAUUACUUUCAUAUGAGUAUAGCUGGAACAUGCUAGCCAUUUCUGGGCGCUUUUCAGAUGUAGUUUCUUUUGCUUAAAAUGGGGACAGACACCUGCUACUAUGAUGUUGUGUCCUAGCCAGUUAUCAAAGAGAGCUGGAAGGAGUCCCUGGAGAGACGUAUCAGGUCUCUGGGGUGUGUGUGUGUGUGUGUGUGUGUGUGUGUGUAUGCAUAUGUGUCAGUGCAUGUGCAUGCAUGUAUGUGAGUGUACAUGUGUGUGUAUGUACAUGCAUGAGUGAUUGUGUUUAUGCAUGUGUGUAUGCACAUGGAUAUGUACAUAUGUAUGUAAGUGCAUGUUUGAGUGCAUAUGUGUGUAUACAUGCGUGAUGUGUAUGUGCAUGUGUGAAUGUAUGUGUGUAUUUGUAUGUGCGUGUAUAUGUAUGCACCCGCAUGUAUGUACAUUCGUGUGUGAGUGUAUGUCUAUGUGCAUGUGAGUGUUCGUAUGUGCAUGUGUAUGUAUGCACCUGUAUGUGUGUACACUCAUGUGUGAGUGCAUGUGUGUGUGCAUGUGUGUGUGCGUGUGUGUGUGUGUGUUCCUGUUCCUUUGUCCUGCAGACUGCUCACGUAUAAUCCUCAAAGGCUGGCCCAUGAAAGCAUAUGUGUGAGGAUCCAUUGCCAAUAUCAAUGCCAUUGGUCCCCUCACCCGUGUGUCCCCUCCUGCCCUUCUCUGCCCCAUCCUUUCUCUGAGAGCAAUGGUGCAUUUAGGGGCAGAGUAUGUCUAUAACACGAUGGAGUAAGUGGACUUAGUGGUCAUGACUGCAGGGGAGCUAUAAAGCCCCGGAGGUUCUGGCAGAAAGGGCAAAGGGGCUGCGCCUAGACAUGGGAGAUGACAUCUGGGGGAGCUGGCACCAAAGGGCUGGCAUUUAAUUGAUUCCCAUGCUGCCCACCCCGAUUCAAGCCUGAGAGUUCUUCACCCCUAAAGGUGAGCUGAGAAACCAAGGCAUUUGAAGCUAUGAAGCCGCUUGCCCACAUUCUGGUGAGAAUUGAAUCCAGGGUUAUUGAACCCUGAAGCUCAUACCAGGAGGAGAGGGCUUUGGGUCAGUGCUACCAACUGCAGUGUUCAUGGCUUCUGGGAGUAGUUUCACUGAGUGGCAGCCCUGCCUUCAGCUCUGCUGGGGUGGGGUUAGCUUCCGGUGAGCCAGCCUGGGGCUCUUUGAGGAUUCACCUCAGUAGUCCUCAUCAUCAUCCUCACACUGCUCCCAGAGGCAGGACUUGCCACUCACCCUGGAGCUCUGCCCCACCAUGAAGUCUUCCAUCAUUGUCCCUGUGGGACCAGUGUCCCAAGAUGCUUUAAAGGAAGGAAACUUGGGUCGUUCUGCAGCCUGGACAAGGAGAUUGACAGGCCCUUAGUGAGCUACUGCUGGAAGACCAAGUGCCAAUGGGGUGGCUCUCAGGUCGCCUGACAGCAAGAGGGGCUGAGGGGACCUUUUUUCCUUUAUACAGAGUGGAGCCAGGACCGACCAGAUCAACAGACUCGGCAGAAGGCUUGAGAAUCUGUGCUUGAGCUGGUCAGGUUUGGGUAGCCAGGUGGGAAACAGGCAGAGGAGAGCAGAGCCAGAGACCACAGAGGCUGAGGGCCACCAAUGCACACUCAGUGUUAAGGGGCCAGACUUUAUGUUGCUUAUGUUUAUACCACUGUUUAAGAAAGGAGACAGGAAGAGGCGGGUAGACAAGAGAGAAGGAAAGAGGAAGGGAGGGAGGGAGGGAGGGAGGGGAGAGAGAGAGAAGAUAGACAAUAGAUGGAUGGGUGGAUAGGUGGGUGGGUGGGUGGAUGGGUUAGUGGGUGGAUGGAUGAAUGGAUAGAUAGAUAGGUGGUAGAUUGAUGGAUGGAUGGAUGGACAGACGGACAGAUGGAUGGAUGGACAGACAGAGGAAGUGUCACUAUCCCCUCUUCAUUCUAACUCACAUAACAAACCCUUAAAGUUCUUUCUUGUGGUCAUACAUGUUGGAACAUUAGGGUAAACAAAGUGUAGGCCCUGCCCCUCAGAUCUCCUAGACGAGAAGGUGUCUGUUCUGUAUAAGGAGCUGAGCCCAGACCAGGACCUUGGCCCUUGACUUAGCUCAAAUGCACUCCCAAAGGUGCUGCUCAACCUACCAGGAGCUCAAAGGCCAUGGUGGAGAUGCGGGGAUCUGGGGAGGGAUAUGUGGGAAGGAGCCUCACAGCCUCUGUUAAUUAAAUAUGGUUGUGACUGUGAGGGCCAUGGAGAUCUACUGGGAAGGCCAGAGGAGGACCGGGAGAAUGUCAGGGCCAGGAGACCGUAUGGAGGAGAGAUGUGGGCCGUUCCCUCCUUUACUGUGUCCUUGGCAGAUCACUGAGCCACCCUCUCUCUAGCCUGAAGAGACUUCCUGGUCGUCAAAAUACUUCCAGUGUUUACUCCUAGUUUGUCCUGUGGAGAAAGUACCUGCUUGUCAUUCUAAUACUGAAUCCUAGUCCCCACAAAAGGCAAAAUUCUUGUCUACCUCUUCCGCCAACCCCACACAUUAGAACAUUCCAGUAAAAUCCACCUUUUCUUAGGAGGGAGAAAAGGUGGAAUAGAUCAGGAUGGUACCCAGGUUAUCAGCCACUAUUGGGACAAGAACCCCAGGUUCACCCAGAGCCCCACAUCUCUGUUAGAAUUUAGGGGCCCUUUGACGUCCCUGUGCUGCCUGCACAGGCAGCCCCUGCUAGCUGGCGGGAGUCCCUGAGCCCUUCAUGUGCUCCUGGAACACCCAUCCCGGGAGUGCAGAGGCAGCAUUCCCCUGUCCUGCAGAGCUUGGGCCGAGCUAAGUCUUCUGGGAAGCUCACAGUAACUCAGUCACUCUUAGCCAUGAGGAGCUCCUGGGAGCAAAUCCUGGAAAGAGAAAGGGAGUCACAGCUUUUCCAGACCAGCCCUCUGACCUUCUAGCAGGUCACUGAGACCCAUCAUCGCCCUAUAGACAGCACUGGAGCCUCUCUAGUACAGGGCUGCAACCAAAGGACUUCCGAUCAGCCGACAUUUCCCCCUCAGCCCCGAGGCAUGAAAAGAGGACCUUCCAUUUACCAAAGAAGAACAAGGGAGAGUUGUUUUCAAAAACAAAACAGAAGAACCAAGCCUGGAAUCUCCUAGCACAAGUCUUAUAGGACAGCCCACAGGUUUAGUGUUCCCCAGGUACCUUCCUGCCUUUUGGUUCCUGUGGUAACAUCAUAGGUGCUCAGAGGAUGGUACUGGGGCAUCCCUGAACACAGGAGACAGCAAUGGCAGAGGGAGUCGGCUUCCUAAGAGAUCCCAGGCAUCCUUUCUGGAAUGGUCAUUGUUAACAGCCAGGCCACCUGGAGUCCUGGUGACAUUAUGUGGCUGUGGGACAGAGCCUGCAGACUCUCAUCUAGUUCUGAGGGAGGAGAGCAAAAGAGGCCCGUAAGGAAGGGCCUGAAAUACAGCCCAACUCCAGAGAUGCUGGGUUGUGGAGCCAAGAGCGAAGUUUAGGUGCUGAACCCAGAGCACACAAAAGGCCUUGAAACCUGACUAAAACCAGCCAGGCAGUGGGGUAAGUGAGACGUUUGGAAUUUGAGCCCAGAGGUGAGAAGGUUUUCAGGUGCUUUCCUGCCACUGUGUAGAAUUUGCUUUCAUUUUUGGUGGCUUUUUUUCUUUGCCUUAGAGGCCACAGGCCACUGUUACUCCAGCAUCUGGUCAGAUGUUACUCCAGCCUGUUAGAAGGUGCCAUUUCCGUGCAGGGCUGCAAGCUUUCUCCCCUGUGUCUCCUCUGCCAGCAAGCUCUUUGACUUCCAUUGCCAACGGGAGCACCAGGAUAGAGUGCCAGGGGCAGGGGCUGGAAACACACAGGCCAGGAGUGUCAGGGGCAGAUGCAGGAGAGAAGUUGCUUGUGGGCCACAUUCUUCCAGGAGAGCAAAGAUUCAGGGGCUCCUGGGAUGAAGAGGGGGACAAGGAAGGCAUGUGUGUGUGUGUGUGUGUGUGUGUGUGUGUGUGUGUGUGUGUGUGCCUGUGUGUGCCUGUGUGUUGCAUAAGUGUGUUUAGGUGUCUAGAACAAUCGAAUUCAUUGUUUUAAAUCUUUCCUGGUAUAAACAGUACAGAGGGGCCACCUCCUCUUGUCACAGUCUCUGUGAUUAUAAAACAUGAAUUUUUGGUAAGUUCAGCUUUCUGGGAAGGCAGGCAGAUUUGGAACCAAAUGCCUGUCUUGGAACAUAUGUGCGUUAUCUUGGUUCAUAUCAAGUCCAGAGCCGACUAAAGGCCUCCACGUCUCCCAGCUCUGUGGGAACGGCCACGGGAGUCCUCCAGUCCUCGCUCAGUGCUGUUGUGAAGCUGCAUGGCGGUCCCUGCCUCUCGUUCACUUUGGUGGAAGAAGCAUUCUGAGAGAUGGUUUUGUGUUCUGAUCAUUGCUUCAUGUUUAGUUUAGUUUUUUUUUUUAAUGUAUCUGCUAUGUGUUUGGAAAUAAAAAAAAGCCCUAUUUUGGUCUAUGAGCUAUUGUGUGGUUUUCUGAAGUGAGGAGUUACCUAGGGAGGGCACGAGGGGAAGAGACAGCAGGGUUAUGGCUGGCUUAUUUUGAUGUUGUUUUUAGACAGGCUUAUGACUGGUGUUUGGGCUUUGGGCUGUGUGUUUCAAGGCUCUUGGCCUCCUAAUCAAAGAACUGGAAAUUGGGCUCAUGCAGAUCUGCAGAAGUAGCAAGAUCCCAUUAUUCAAAGCAAAGCGGGUUGUGCAGGAGGGAGGGUGGGAGGGAGGGGGAGAGAGAGAGAGAGAGAGAGAGAGAGAGAGAGAGAGAGAGAGAGACCUGUUCAAGUUGACAGGGGGUUGGUUACUGUUUGCAAUCUCCUUUCUGGGGCCUAAGGGAAGGAAGGGCUAGUUCCUAGGGGACGUGACUUGGAUGGCUCUCUUUUUUGAUUGACGUAUGAGGUCAUAUAUCCAUCUUUCCUAUUUUAUCUUCCUAUGACGUCCCUGUGAGGUAUCUUCCUAUGAUAUUCCUGUAAUAGCCUAUUAUCCCUUCCUAUGAUGCAUCGGAUUCUAAUCACAAUUGUGCAUAUGGUGAUCAAUGGGGACUCUCCCUAAAAGGUUAGUAGAAGAUACACUUUCCCCUUACUGCAUGUAAUGGUUUGAAUGAGAUUGCUCCUCAUGGGCUCAUUGAAAAGCUUGGUCCCCAGUUACUACAACUGUUUGGGAAGGAUUAGGAGGUGUGGUCUUGUUGAGCAGGUGCAACCCUAUUGGGGGAAAGUGUGUCACUGGGGAUGGGCUUUGAAGUUUCAAAAACCCAUGUCAUUCAAGUUCCUCUCUGACUGUUGCCUGCAGAUCAGAAUGCAAUGCUCUCAAUUACCGCUACAGCGCCGUGCCUGUCUGCUUCCCGUCAGGAUGGCCACGAACUUACCCUCUGAAACUGUAAGCAAGCCCCCAUUUAAAUUCUUUCUUUGGGGGGCUUGAAGAUGGCUCAGAGGUUAAGAGCACUGGCUGUUCUUCCAGAGGACCUGAGUUCAAUUCCCAGCAUCCACAUGGCAGCUCACAAGUGUCUGUAACUCCAGUUCCAGAGGAUCUGACACCCUUGCACAGACAUACAUACAGGCAGAACACCAGUGUGUGUAAAUAUAAAUAAAUCUUAAAACUAAUUCUUUUAUAAAAAGUUGCCCUGGUCAUUGUAUCUCUUUAUAGCAAUAGAACAGUGGCCAAGAAGGUACACAGGCCCCCAAAACUAGUUCAGGCUGGUUGUCCUUCUUUUCUUUAUCCUCAGAUACCCUAGGAAUACACUGGAAGAGAAUUAUCUAAACUUGACUGUUACUAGGAGUUAAGGAACCUAUGCUAUUGUUCAAGGAUGCUUGUAGCCUGGUGCAGACUGGACUGAAGAGGGUCUGAGGUUUCUUGUGUGGUGUUUGGAGAAGGGCAUGUGCUCCUGGUACAUACAGGUGAUGGAGGGAGGCUGCCAAGUGUGUCAUUACAAGACAGGUGGAAAAAAAAAACAAAAGCAAAUGUGAUUCCAGAGUACCAAGCUGUUCAACACUUGCCUGCCUCAGGAUUAUUCCUUGUGCAUGCUGAGGUAGAACCCAAGGCCAGUGCAACACAGGAACCAGAACAAACAUCAGCCCUGGGUGUAUCCUGAAUGUCCUCAGCAUCCUCUAGACUAACCACACACACACAGACACACACAAACACACAAACACACAUGCACACGUGCAUACACACACACACACACACACACACACACACACACACACACACACACACACAAGCUGUUCUGUGUCUGGACACCAGCAAAGAGAACUUGCCUUGAGACCAAUUCCUACUAGCCUUUAUGGAUCAGGACCCUGUACCUCUCUCUGUUCUUGGAUUUGAAGAUCAGUCUUCCCCAGCCACAGUCCUUUGUAAGCUGCAAGCUGGAAAUGGGAAGCAUGAAAGGGAUUGGCUCUCGCAGUGUGAACCACUUGUGCGUGCCUAUACGUGUGUAUGUGCGUAUGUGUGUGCCUAUACAUGUGUAUGUGUGUGCCUGUAUGGGUGUAUGUGCGUUUGUGGGAUCCAGUGCCAGAAAUGCUCUAAAUUGUUCUGAGGUGUAGCCUGGCUCACAUGGCCUAUUUUUUCUAGAUAAAAGAUGCCACCCUGUUCAUAGCAAGAUCCGAGAAGCCAGCCAGUGGCACAGGGCUCAGCACAGGUCAACAGGUACACCUGAGGACUCCCUGUUGCUAGUCAGACUGGAAGACCACACUUCUGACAAGGAAUCCAUUCCUGAGGAGAGCGACUCCCCACCCCCUGCCCAUGCAGUCUGGUCUAAGUCCCACAGAUAUUCUCAGAAGGAUUCUCGUGGGUCUUACAGCAGGAAUCAGGCGGCCCCUCACCUCUAACUAGUCAAGAACGACGACGAUGAUUAAGUAUGUUGCAAGAACUUCGCCUCAUGGGGUUCUCCACCCUGGGCUUCUGUGUGGAAUUGGUUCUGGGGCUCUGUUAGGAAGGUUUUCACUGCAGAGGAUCCUUCUAUGAGUCACUAACCUUGGUGUGAAAACGGUUUUGGUAAGAAAGCUGGACCAGACCCUCUUUCCAUUUCACACCUUUUGGACAUUCCAUUUGCUGUAAAAGUACACAUCACAUCCGCACGCAUGCGCGAGCGCGCGCUUUCUAAUUCUACCAGGAAUGCUCGCGUGCCUGGCUGGGUGAUUCACGCGGGUUUAUGACUGUGUAUUGUGGUUUUUUCCUCCUAAGUCAGGUGUGAAACAGUUCUUUCUGCUUUUAUCCAUGGCUCCCAAAUCCCAGCAGUGACGAGUUUUCACGGGGAAGGCUCAUCCUCUUCUUGUGGACCCCUGACAAGAACGUUACGCAGCUCCUUGGCCUCUCCUGUCGUGGGUCCCUGCCAGCUCUGGCUGCCUCUGGGACCUUCUGUACACUGCUGCCCUAGAUUGGGCACCCUGAGCAGAGAUCAACAACUUGCUGGGAACGCCCAUAGCUGGCUGGAAGGCCUUGUGAUUGGCUGGCUUGGCUCUCUGCCCUGGUCUGCCUGUAGCCUCCACUACCAGAUUCUCAUCCAGUUUCUCUUCUACCACUACCAGAGGGUUCAUCCACUGAAGAGUGUAAAGGGAAAUUGCUUAAAAUUGUUCUGAGCCACAGCCUGGCUCACGCUGCCUGUGCAUGUGUGUGCUUCUCGGCCUUGAGCAUGUGCAAGUCAUUGAAGCCCCAUUUCCUUUGGAAGGUGGCAAUAAGGUAACAAAAAGAAGACUUUUUUUUUAGAGACGCCAAAGUGCAGUGUGUGUUCUGGAUUGCAUCCCGGAACAGCAAGAGGCCAUUAGAGGAAGCCAGGGAAAUGUGGCUUGGAGUUCAGUUCCCUUAACUCCAAGGUGCUGUGUUAAUGUCCUCUCGGUUUUGAUGGAUGCCCGCGGAGCCAGCAGAGGCUGGGUGAAGCUCGCGGGAACUCUGUGCUGUUAUUGCAGUCUUUCUCAAAUCACUCCGAAAUUAAAACUUUAUUUUUUUAAACGUG